AUGCGCCUCAACAGGGCCCCGCGGUGGAGGGCGGCGAGCCGCAACUCCGACAAGGCCACCGUCCUUACCCUGUUGGGCAUUGCCGAAGUCCUCAAGAUACGCGGCAAAUGGUCCAUGGCUCUGCGCCUGGGCAACUUCGCCCUCCAACGCUCCCGCGGCCUGGGCACACUGACCGAAGGCCUCGCAUUGCUGAGUGUCGGCCACGCAUAUCGCAAUCAGACCCCUGAGGACUGGAUCUCGGCCCAGCAUCAUUUGCGCAUGGCCAAGCUCCUUCUCGAGGGUCUGCCGACAACCGAGGAUCAGACCUUCUAUCUCAUGCGCGCCGUCCUGCUUCUUGGUGACACACUUGUCCGCCGCGAGGAUAUGGGUGACAUUGCCGAAGCUGAGGAGCUGGCGCACUUGGCGGAUCGUCUACUACGCAAGAGUCGUGAGCGCCCCGGUAAGACGUUUCGCUGGACGCUUUUCACGGGCUCCUGGCGUGACUUCUGUCUGCACUCCAUGGUCGAGUUGGGCGAGAUAUACUAUUAUACAAGCCGGUGGGCUGAGGGGGAGAAGCUGCUGCGUGAGCUGGUCCCCACUUUGGUGAAGAGGAGGGGCAAACGCCAUGUCACAACCAUUGAGGCGCAACGAGACCUGGCAAGCAUGUUGGUGAACCAAGACAAGUAUGAAGAAGCCGAGAUGGCGUAUCGUGUUGCGCGGGAUUGGAAUGAGGACGUUCCCGUCUUCGGUCACGAGGAAAAGGCUGCAAUCGACUACAACAUCGCCAUGUGUCUUUCUGAGCGCGGAAGGGACAGGGAGGCCAGGGAUGAGAUUGCGAGUAUGGAUUUGGCCGCCGACCUACUACACUACGCCAAUGGUGAAUGGACACUCAAACUGGCACGGCUGACGAGUUUGCGAUUGAAAAGGUAUGAAGAGGUAAUCGGGCUAUGCCGCAGGUUUCAACGGGUCCUCGAUGAGCACAGAGCGAGGUUCGGAAUAUGCAGCCCCGUAACGUUACGGAAUAUGGAGGACCACGUCACCGCACUUAAGGCUCUUCGCAGAUGGGACGAGGCCAUCGUCAUCCUCCGCGACAUGUGCCGGCGCGAAGCGGGCGACGUAGCACGCGUAGUCGAGCAGACGCUUGAGACGCGCCUCAACCUUGCGCAUACCCUCCGUCAUGCCGGCCACUAUGAAGAAGCGGCAUAUGAGUAUCGCAAGUGCCUCGAGAUCGAACGAGCAGCAGCCGACGACUACAAAGACGAAGCCCAAAUCCGAAAUAUCCUCAAGUACCUGGCAUACCUGUACGAGCUGGCCGGGGACAAGAUGAAUGCCUUGAUCGCUUAUGCGCAGCUGCAGAGGGAGUAUUGGGGCCGGCCGAGUCAGCACCGUAAUUUCAUCAAGUACGAGUGGUGUCGUGGAAAGAUGUUCAUGCUGCAGGGGAGAUGGGAGCACGCGCUUAAAAUGCUGCUCAGCGCGCUGGCGGUUAAGAGGGGUGUGGAGACGGCGGUCUCUAUAAUAAGUGGCCUGCCGAUAGAGGCCGUCCACGCGAUGCAUCCAGGGCGGAGGUCCAUGGCACCGAUACAGCCUGUGUUGGAAAUUGCCGACAAACAGCAGGACAUCGUGGAAAAGGCUGAGCCCGAUGGUCAAGUGGAAGUAAAGGAAGUCGACGUCGACGAAGAGGAGGCGGACCUAGCAUGGGACGAAGUCGACUGGUGGGAAGAAGUCAUCAAGGACGCGGUCGACUCCGUGAGGCUGGAGCAGCCGUUCCAGGCUUGCGUCCCUCUCGACGAGGCGGACUCCGAGGUGGACGACGACGAAGUGCGCGAGACGGUCGAUGCCGUGUUGACGACGAAAAGCGCGUUUCCCACCGUGCCUGCCGGCGACGAGUGGUCGCAGCCGCAGUGGCCGAGGCUGCCGGAUACGUACGAGGAGCUGGUCGGCCAGCAGCGGAGGGUGACGGAGGAGAGUAGGCCGUGGGUUCCUUAG